CGUUCAUCACGCGCGGAAAUCGCCAAAAUCUCCCUCUUUUUUUUUUUUUCUUUUAAGUUUUUUUUUUUCUUUGUUGAACGCACAGCUUCCUGCACAGCUUCUUGGACAUUCUCCCCGCCCUCGCCACCCUUCGAAGGGAAAACCACCUUCCGUACAUCCUACCAUCAACAAUCUCCUUUGCUUCAAACCGAGCUCUUGCGGUUCCAAAGCCCAAGCUCGAGCAAAAGUCUUUCGGCCAGAAAAGCUUCGUUCUGAUUCUGCCGCGUUCUUUCCGACCGAAUCGCGUUUCGCUCAGCUGAGUGGGACGCUCCCGAUCCAUCGAAAGAUAGCAAGAGCCUGUUUCUUAGCUGUUCGAGCACCUGAACCCGCGUCGGUGGCUGUGUGAGCUCGGACGGAGUGCGGCUUUGACCUGUACACAGUGAAAUCAUCAUGGUCGUCAUCGAAGAGCUGACUGAGGACGAGGCGGCCGUCACGGUGGCCGAUCUCGUCAGCAGUCUGGAUGCAGUGAUUGAAGAGAACGAGCACGAGCACGAGCACGAGCACGAGCACGACGACGACGACGACCAACCACCAGACCACGCCAAUGCGACGACUGGGGCCAAUGCACCGUCAAUAACUCGGGACGACAAUGAUCGGAGCCAAAUGGUGACCGAGUCCGAGUCGGCCUCAACAACCGCCACCACCGAUGCAAUGCUGUCCUCAUCGCCGUCAUUAUUAGAAGGAUCACAUAACAACAUGUACGUGUAUGGCGGCGAUGGCGGAAUGGCCACCGUCCAGACCAGAAACCAUGAUGACGCUGCUGCUGCUGCUGCGACCAUGCCACCGUAUUACGCUCAACCCACACUCCUCGAGCACCAGCACCCGCCACAAGAAAGCCCAUUCGGAUUCAGAGGGUCGUCCAUGCACCCGAGCUCGUUGACCGCGUUCACACAAGCCAUGCACCCGGCAUGGACGAUGGAUGCUGCAGGCUAUCCAGGCAUGGCACCCUCGCCCCCGGACAGCAUGUCGGUUGCCGACGACACUUGUACCAGCAGUAGUACCACAGACACGAACCAUGCCGCGGUGCAUGACCACGUUGGAGAGUACAUGACAGUGGAUGGAUCGUUUGCGCGACAUUUCCCGCCGCACGCUGACCAUCCCGAGUCUGGCACGAAUCCUCACCACCAAGAACACGCACAAGGGGACGGAAUCCACGGUGCUCAACCAAGUGACACGAACGAAGCUGAGAUGAGCGAGUUUAGUCGCUUGUUUUUGGAAGUGUACCUGGAUGCAGUUCGACAGCCAACCUUGGACGCCCUGGUGGCCCUGCUGCAUCUGCAGUCGACCGUUGCACUGGAGACAUCCGCUGGUACCCUGUCAUUGAGCAAUGCCACGGCCGCAGCAGAAUGCCUCUGGACUGUCUUUGCCUCGGCGGCGGAUUUCUGUGUAGAUGUCGCACACACCGAGCUCAUCCAGCCUUGGGAUCAAACUUAUCUCGUGCAAAUGCAAGCUCGGCUGGUCUAUUCUAACUCAGAGGCCUUCUCUGCAGCAUGCGCUGCGCUUGGUCUACAACACCAUCACGCGUCUGCAUCGCAGUCUCCGUUGUCGCCACCCAAUACGCCGCCAGAUGCGAGGGGCCACAAUCAGCCCGUCAUUUGUCCCGUUACGCAGACAUUUGUACUAGUUCCGAACACGGCAGGGUCGUUUUGCAUCUCCAAGAGCACCCUAUCGUUGAGUGGGGUUUUCUCCAGCACAUGAAAACGCGAGGUUUGCACUGGCGUUUUUGGAAAUUGACCACAGCACGCUGUUACCAGGGUAGGGAACGUUGGUUUGAGCUUUCCAAGAGCAAGAAAGGUUUGCAGCACAGUGCGUUCCGGAACAUACAACCGAAGCUGUUGCGAUUUAUUUAAUUUUAGAUUUGUUUUGAGCUCUUAAUACAUUGUAUCAACAGAGGAGGAAUUCAGCUCCGAACCGCUUGUGAAGAUACGCUACAAACGCAGAGACGCAAU